AUGCAUCUUGCUACAGCUACUUCAAGUAAAAAAGAACUCAAUAGUUUUAUUACGUUUAGAAUUAUAUUUAAUAAUGCAUUACAACUUGUGAGGAUACGCUUAGAUGUUAAGACAUCUUCAAGCUUAGCUUCAGCAAUUUGGAAUUCAAAUUUGGCACAAAUUCAAUCAAAAUACUCAUUUUUUGUUCGUAACUUUAACCUUAAACAUAAUAAAAAAACUAUAACCGAUGGCUCUUAUGGUGACUAUGGCUUAAAAUAUCAAACAAUGACCUCUGUUUUUAGUAAUAUUCCUCAUGAAGAUUUGUCUUCUGGCCAAGAAUUUCGGCUUGAGAAAAUUCUAAAAGAAUAUAAUUUAAGUAAUGAUCAAAUCAGAGGAUUAUUCAGGAAUAAAAAUCUCUGGAAUCCAACUAUAGCUUAUUGGAGACAACUAGAAAAAGAGUACAAUGAUAAUUCUAAUAGAGAACCUUUACAAGAGGAUAAUAUUGAGUUUUCAAGUGUAAAUAGCAAGGGAGAGAAAAUGAAGCAAAAUAUAGAGCCCAAAGUAGUAAAUAAUAAUAAUAUUCUAAGAAAAGAAGAAAAUACUUACCAGCAACAACAAAAGAAGCAAUCUUAUAAACUACAAGGUAUUAGUUACAUUAAUAACUCUUUUGGAUAUCCUACAGAGGCAUUUAGAAGUGAAAUGAAUUCUUUCAAUAGAGAAUUUUUGCAAAAGGAUAAUAUUAAAUCUUCAAAUGUAAAUACCAAGGGAGAGAAAAUGAAGCAAAUUUUAGAGCCUAAACAUCAACAGCAAGACAGUAUAAAGAAGCAAUUUGAUAAACUACAAAGUAUUAGUAACUCUAAUAAUUCUUUUGGAUAUCUUACUGAAACACUUAAAAAUGAAGUUAAUAAUUUUAAUAGAGAAGAUAAUAUUAAGUCUUUAAAUAUAAAUAGUAAGGGAGAGAGAAUGAAGCAAAAUAUAGAGCCUAAACUUGUAAAUAAUAAUAAUAUUUUAAGAAAAGAAGAGACUAUUGAUCAGCAACAACAAACCUGUAUAAAGAAGAAAUCUGAAGAACCGCAAGGUAUUAAUAAUUUUAAUAACUCCUUUGGAUAUCUUUUAGAGACACUUAAAGUAAAAGAAAUUUUGAUAUUUUUCAAAAUGGAAAUUGAUGAUGAUUGUUUAGAAAUUGAUGAUGAUUGUUUAGAAAUUGAUGAAACAACAUUCAAGAUAUCAGCUAUACAGGCUGGAAAGAAAAUAAAUCAAAAUAAUACCGAGCAUGUAAAUCUUGAAAGUUCCAUUUUCACUUUACAAGAAACUCCAGAGGUAGCUCAAGUUCAAACAAAAAGCAAACCUGAACAAAUCAAUCAAAAAAAUUUUUCUGUUCUACAAGAAACUCAAGAAAAAAUUACCCAAGCAAAAGAUGAAUUCAAACAACCCAACUUUUUACAAGAAAUUCAAGAAAUUCAAGCAAAAGAUGAAUUCAAACAACCCAACUUUUUACAAGAAAUUCAAGAAAUUCAAGAAAAAAACUAUUUUAAAAAAAUAAAAAAAAAGCAUUUAGGCUUUGUGGCUGUUGUAGGCAGAUCCGAAGGCACAAGAUCUUUGACUAAUUUGGCAGCCUUUGCAGGUCAUAUCAUGUAA